CACAACAGCAAAAAAAAAUGUCCGCCAUGCCUCGAUUCCGAUCCUCCCUCCGGUAUAAAACCACCACCAUCAUGAUGCCUCCCUUCCUCCAUUCUCCGCACCUCAACCCGAUCUCCUUCUCCUUUCUCCUCCUCGCGGUGACAGGAGGUAAAAGAACGGAAAACUGUUCUUUUAUCUCCUGUUACUCAGGGUUUCAUUCAAUUAUUUCCAUAUCCAAACCAAAACAAGUCUCAAGCAGCAGCAGAGAAUCCAUCCUUUUUCCCAACGGCGUUCGAUCUCAGCCGGCGACGAGAUGUCGAAGGUUGCAUCGAACGUCUCGUUUACGAACGAGCAGGUCUGCUACACCUUCCCGGCAAGGCUCCGGUCCGGCGGCGUUUUCUCCCCCGCCGAGCGGCUCGGCGUCCCCCCGCUCGACGAUUUCUUCACCGGCACCGUGCAGCUCCUCAACAUCCAGAUUCUCAUGAUCGUCAUCCUCAGUAACCUGCUCCAUUUCUUCCUCCACCGCCUCGGCAUCAUCUCCUUCACCUCCCAGUGCCUGGCAGGGGUGAUCUUAGGGCCAACUAUCCUGGCCAAAUACGACUACUACAGAGACCACAUCUUCCCACAGAAGAGCCAGGACGCCCUCGUCGUCACCGCAAACAUGGGCUACUCGAUGUUCAUGUUCCUCACCGGCGUCAAGAUGGACUUCGGGAUGCUGCUCCGGUCCGGCCGCAAAGUCAUGAUCUUGGGAAUCGCCACGGUGCUCCUCCCUUACAUGAUCGGCCUAGGGUUCCAGUUCACCCGGAUCGAGGCGGCUCCCGGUCUGCUCGAACGGAUGCAAAUAAUCGGUUCGACCGCGAUCCAAUCGAUGACCACGUUCCCGGUCGUCUCCCACCUCAUGACCGAGCUCAAGCUCACCAACACCGAGCUGGGCCGCCUGGCCCUGUCCACAUCCCUGAUCUCGGGCAUCGUCGCGGCCUCCCUCGAGCUCGGGGCCACCAUCAUCACCCAGAUCCGGGGGAUCCUCAACGCGGGCCUGACCUUGGGCUCGGCCCUCUUCGCGGCCUUCGUGCUCAGGCCCAUCAUGGUCUGGGUCAUCGGCCAGACCCCCGAGGGCCAGAAGGUCCACCCGGCCUGCGUCCCGCUCCUGUUCGCCGUCGCCGUGGUGUACGAGAUCUUCUUCGACGCCAUGAACCAGUCCCCCGCGAUGGGGCCUUUUGUCCUGGGCCUGGCGGUCCCUCCCGGGCCUCCUCUGGGCUCCGCCGUGGUCCAGUCCAUGGAGACCGUCACCACCUCCGUUUUCUUCCCGUUGUUCGUCGUCACCGCCGUCAUGAGAGGAGAUCUGGCGUCUUUCUUCUGGGAGUUCGACAACAAGGGGUAUUACGGAAGCUCGCUGGUGAUGGCGACGGUCACCAAGUUCCUCGUCUGCCUGUUCCUGUCGCUGCCGUGGAUGCCUCGUAGGGAUUCUGUUGUUCUUUCCCUCAUCAUGUGCUCCAAAGGCGUCUACGAGCUUAGUGUCUACACUUUUCAUAGAGAUACCACGUCGAUAAAUGAAGGGUACUUCUCGCUAAACGUGGUAGCCAUUUUCAUCAACACCGUCAUAAUCCCGAUCCUGAUAAAGCACCUCUACGAUCCGUCGAGGAAAUACGCGGGGUACCAGUCGAGGAACCUCUUCAGCCUGAAGCCCAGGACGGAGCUGAGGGUCCUCCCGUGCAUAUACAAGCCCGACCACAUCAUCUCCACGAUCAACCUCCUCGACCUGACCUGCCCUACUCAGGACAACCCCUUAGGGGUCUACGCCCUCCACCUCGUCGAGCUCGUGGGUCGUGCCACGCCCGUGUUCGUGUCACACCAGAAGCAGAAGCCCGUCUCGGACUCCUGCUCCAUCGACGUCAUCCUCGCGUUCAACCAGUACGAGCGGCGGAGCCAGCAGCAGCACAUCGGCACCCCCCACGCGGCGGCCACCACGACGACGGUCGGCACCUUCACGUCGAUCUCCCACCACAGGUUCAUGUCGGACGACAUCUGCACCCUCGCCCUCGACAAGGAGGUUUCGCUCCUCCUCCUCCCUUUCCACGUCAAGUGGGGUGCCGACGGGCGGGUCGAGUGCGCGGACAACUCGUUCAGAAUCGUCAACUCCAAGGUCCUGGAACGAGCUCCCUGCUCCGUCGGGAUCUUCUUCGACCGAGGGAGCUUCGUUUCCAGACAGACUACAUCAGACGGUGGUGAUGAUCAACCCGAUCAUUUCUACUCGGUGUGCGUGAUCUACAUGGGAGGCGGGGACGACCACGAGGCCCUGUGCUUCGCGAUGCGAGCGGCGAGGGAGCCGAGCCUGAGGCUCACGAUCUUGCACUUGGUCCCGAGCGACGACGACGACGAUGACAUGAGCGUGAGCCGGAGGAGGAACGCACGGAUGGCGAGCGAGAGGCUGUACGACGAGGUGGUGCUGAAGGAGGCAAUGAAGGGGAUUUCUGGGCUGGCCAAUGUGAGGUACGAGGAACAUGCGGUCGAGGAUGGGCCGCAGACGGCGUUGUUGGUUCGAGAGAUCGCGAACGAGCAUGAUCUGUUCGUGGUUGGAAGGAGGCACGGGCUGGACUCGAAGCAGACCAUGGGGUUGACAGAGUGGAGUGAGUUCCCUGAGUUGGGAGUGGUUGGGGAUUUGUUGGCUUCUCCGGAUCUUGAGACUAAGACUUCUGUGUUGGUUGUACAACAACAGAAACAAGUCAAGAAGUAGAUAAUAAUAGGAAAAUACAUGAAUGAAACCCAUUUUUUUGUACUAGUAUUCGUGACUGUUGGAUUGAUUCGUAUACGUACCUAAUGUGGGCAAAGUCGGAGUAGUGUUGAUAUCGGGCGCGCGAUCGGCGACGGACUCCAGGCAAAAUUGAUGAACUGGUAACCCAUACAGGCCACACGGUUUCGAGGGUUUUUGCUUGUAACUAACGAGCGAGAGAGAACGCGGCGUUGGUGUGGAUAAACCUUUUUAUUUAUUGAUUAGAUCGCGGAACUACUGUCGAACUU